AUGAAGUCCAACAGGAGUCAGAUUAAAAAUGUACGCUCUUUCACCCGUCCAAAGUCAGCCAAACGGGGGAUCCAUGUGAAGGGCAGCUGGAAAGCAGUAGAGCUGGACCCCAGUCUCUUCUCUGAAGAGGGUAUGGGGGGACUGGUCUGUUUUGAGGAGCUGACAGACUACCGACUGAUAGAUUCUGCCAAGGAAGAAACUAAAGCUAAAGAUAAAGCAGAAAAAGACAAAAAGAAGCGAGAAGAAAGAAAAGAGAAGAAAAAAGCUAAGAAAAGAAAAGCAAGUGAGGGAGAUAAGGAUGGAGGGAAACAGGAAGAGGUAUGUGAGGGAGGUAGCGACAAAAAUGAAACAUCUGAAAAAGCAGCUAAAAAGAAGAGGAAGAAUAAUAAAAAGAAAACAGCCCAACAAAAUGACCCAACCACACAGGAUGACAUCUCUGCGGACAGUGAAGUGAAAAGUGAGGAGGUGAGUAACGAGGUCCAAAACCUUGGAAAUGGUUCAGAGAAAGUUGUCAAGGAGGAAGAAAAGGUUGUGGUUAAGGAGGAAGAAGCCCCUGAAGAAACUGUGUCACAAAAUGCUGUAAUGUGUCCAGAGGAUGCUCAGCCACAAUCAAACAAUACGAAGACUGAUGGCAAAAAGAGGAAAAAGAAAAGAGAGGUAGAAAAGCAAAAAGUCCCAGAGUCCCAGAUAGAACAUGAGCAACAGACCGAGCAGGAGCAACAGACAGAGUUACCCCCUCAAUGCAAAGUGGCUAAACUCUCCAAAAAGAAAGCAAAGAAUUGGACCAAUGCGGCACGCUCUGGUUCUGACCAAAACUCAGAUGUGACAGCGUGGAAGGAUCUGUUUGUCCCUGACCAAGUGUUGAAGGCACUGAGCAGUCUAGGAUUCGGAUCACCCACGGCCAUUCAAGCUCUGGCAUUGCCACCUGCUAUCAGAGACCAUAUGGACAUUGUUGGGGCCGCCGAGACGGGUAGUGGUAAGACACUGUCUUUCGGCAUCCCCAUGAUCCAUCAUAUCCUGGAGUGGAAGAAGAGAGCAGAUGAAAGUGAGGGGGCGACAGAUGGCCAGACUGAGCCAGGAACACAGGUGGAAAGACUGUACCUGCUGACGGUGGAGGAAUCUGUAGACACUGAGAAAAGUAUUUCCAUGGACACCAGCACAGAGGUCGCUGAGGCAGCUCCAGAGACCCCUGCUAAGUCUGAGGCCUGCACUGAGGAAACCAGAGAGCAGGGAGAUCCACAAGAGCAGGGUACUGAAGAUGUGGCAGAGGAAGACAAAGAUGCUGCUGCUGAUGAGGAGGACAAAGAAAUAAUUAAGGAGGAUGAAGAAAUAUAUCAUGAGGAUGAGAGUGACUCUGAAAAGAUUGGGUGCGUCAAAGUCAUUGAGAAUAUGGAGUUUGACUUUGACAACUCAGCAGAAGAAGAGACUCUGAAAGUCAGUGAGAAACAGCCAUUGUUAGGAUUGGUUCUCUGCCCGACCAGGGAGCUGGCUGUACAAGUGAAACAUCACAUUGAUGCUGUGGCCAAGUUUACUGGUGAGUGCUAAAGGCAUUGAAGCCACUGAUUGUUCUUAUUUAUUGAUUACCCUUUUUGUGAUGUAGAUGUGGGUUUUCAAGAAUCGGAUUUGAAUGGGAUUUCACAAAGCUAUUUAAAUGAAUAGAUUUAAUAGAUUUGUUUCCCUGUGUGCAGGUAUAAAAACAGCGAUUGUGGUGGGUGGAAUGGCUCAGCAGAAACAGAUCAGGAUGCUGAAACGCAGACCUGAGAUUGUCAUUGCCACUCCAGGACGCCUGUGGGAGAUGAUCAAAGAGAGGCAUCCACAUCUGGUGAACCUAAGGCAGCUCAGGUAAUCAGUAGUGGGUUUAAUUUGGUAUAAUGCAUGUUCAAUGCAGGUGUUUGUCCAUAUCUGGCCUGAAAAGUUUAAUUUUUGCUUCAUGAUUGUAAAUCAGUAAAACAAUUUUUUUUCCCAUAGGUGCCUAGUCAUUGACGAAGCAGACCGCAUGGUGGAAAGAGGCCAUUUUGCUGAGCUGGAAAGUCUGCUGGAGAUGCUGAACACUGUCCAGUUUAACCCAAAGAGGCAGACAUUUGUGUUUUCCGCCACUCUGACCAUGGCCCACAGCUUGCCCAACCGCGUCUUGCAGAAGAAGGGCAAGAAGGUGGACCAGCGGAGCAAGCUGGAGGUCCUUAUGGAGAAAGUGGGGAUCAGGUCCAAACCUAAAGUAAUUGAUCUGACCCGGAAGGAGGCUACAGUCGAGACCCUGACUGAGACACGGAUACACUGUGAAAAGGAAGAGAAGGAUUUCUUCCUGUACUACUUCCUGCUCCAGUAUCCAGGCCGGACUAUGGUGUUUGCCAACAGUAUUGACUGCAUCAAGCGGCUUAACUCUCUGCUGGUCAUCCUGGACCGUACUCCACUGCCACUGCAUGCCAACAUGCACCAGAAGCAGCGCCUAAAGAACCUUGAGAGGUUCGCUGAGAGGGAGAGGUGAGUCAUAGAAGAAGGACAUGUAUAUGCUGCAGGCUAGUUAUUAUCCAUAAUUGUUUUGAGGUAUGCAUUGGAUUAGCCUUGAGUGGAUCAGCAACUUUUUGUCUGUACCAUAAACUAUGUUGACUACGAUAAACAUUGAUCUUUACAGCUGUGUGCUCCUGACAACUGACGUGGCGGCAAGAGGCCUUGAUAUUCCAAAUGUUCAACAUGUCAUUCAUUACCAGGUAUGCCUUUUGACACCUUUUGUGGCUUCCUGUCAUUCUUUGUCUCUAACAGUUAUUCCUCAAAUUAAUAACUUUCUUGUGUGUCUCAGGUUCCCAGAACGUCAGAGACUUAUGUCCACCGCAGUGGUAGGACUGCACGAGCCACCAAAGAGGGUCUCAGUUUGCUCCUGGUUGGGCCAGAUGACAUGAUGAACUUCAAGAAAAUCUACAGAGCUCUGGGAAAGGACGAGGAGGUCCCCAUGUUCCCCAUACAGAGCAAGUGCAUGGCUGCCAUCAAGGUAGGCACCUAGCAAGGCCAGGCACCUGUAUUUGAUCACGAUGGUCGAUCUGAGCUAGGAGCUGCACAGAUGUACUUAUCUUUCAUGAAAAUGAAAUAUGGUAAAAUGUUGUUUUGUAUCUGCCUUGACAGGAGCGAGUCAACAUGGCCAGGAAGAUAGAGAAGAUUGAGUUCCACAACAGCAGAGAGAAGCAGCACAACUCUUGGUUUAAGCAAGCAGCAGAAGCUCUGGAGGUGGACCUGGAUGAUGAUGUUUUGCUUGGUAAGACUACAUCAUUAAAUUAGUUAUCUAGGAGUGGGAGGUUGCCUCAUGAGAAACCCAGAAAUAAGAGGGACUUGCAUAAAUAGAUCAGAGUAAACUGACAUUUGUUUAUUUUAGGGGGGAGGAAGGAUGAGGAGGACGACAGGCAGCAGCAGAAGAUGGUGAAGGGCAUGAAGAAGCACCUGAAACACCUGAUUUCUCAGCCUGUAUUCAAGAAUGUGAUGAAGACCAAGUACCCCACACAGAUGGGUAAGCUCUCCCUGCCCAACAUGCCCCUACAUGGUUUGGAAACGGCCUUGACCAGUGUCUCCAAUCAGAAGAAAAGACAGAAACAAAAGAAGCAGCAGCAGUAGUAUGUUAGAAAUGAGUGUAGUCUCAAUGAGAAUGUCUGAGAUUGAAUUUAUAUAAAUGGAAAUACAGUGCAAUUAUUGUAACAUUUUCACAAAUGAUUUUAAAAGAUAUCAGUCUUGUGUUUUU